AUGUUCGGCUCGGAUCCGGUUUCUGAGCAUCAGGUCAGGACCCAGCGCUCUGAAGCGAAUACGGUCAUCAACCGGAUCCGGGACCAGUUCAAGAAUUUGACGGCAACGAGAUCACUACCAUCUGGCAAACGGCUUCAGAUAUAUAGUCUGUCCCGGUGGCUGCUUAACGGCGGAAUACACAUCAAUCCAGCACAGUCUGUCCUGUCGUUCCAUCACCACGACACAAUGUCGGUGCCAGUCGUCAACUACUCGUACUACCCGCCCAACGUCGUCAUUGACGGCUAUGUCGCCAACACGCUGUCGACGACGCAGAUUCUCGCCAUCUUCACCUCGACCCUCGCCUCCGUCCUGGUGCCCUGCUUCUUGCUGAUCCGCCGCGUGCGCCCCUCCAUUCCGACCUCGGAGCUGGCCACGGCGCUCUGGUUUGUGCUCUGUGGCGUCAUUCACCUCGGUCUAGAAGGCCAUUAUGCCCGCCAUCAACACCACAUUGGCGCCUCGUCCCACGUCCUCUCCCAGCUCUGGAAGGAGUACGCCCUCUCCGACUCGCGCUACCUCACCCGCGACAGCUUCGUCGCCUGCAUGGAGGGCAUCACGGCCGCGUUUUGGGGCCCGCUGUCGUUUCUGUGCGCGUACGGCGUCGUCCGCGGCAGCGCCUGGCGGCACCCACUCCAGUCCAUCGUCUCGCUCGGCCAGCUCUACGGCGACGUCUUGUACUAUGCGACCUGCACGUAUGAGUUUGUCGUUUACGGCCAAGAGUUUUCGCGGCCGGAGCCGUAUUAUUUCAUUGGGUAUUAUGUGUUUCUCAAUGCGUUCUGGAUCGUUAUCCCGUCCGUGUUGCUGCUGUCGAGUGGGAGGGCGACGACGCGUGCGUUUGCAGCGCUUGAGAGGCGAGACAAGAAUCCAUAG